AUGGCGUCAGCGCUCCGCCUGCCGCCGUCGACGGCGGCGCGCCUCCGCUUCUCUCGCAGCCUUCCCUUCUCCGCCGCCGCGUCGCUCUUCUCCCCGCCCUCCAAAGCCGUCCUCUACGACCAACACGGCCCUCCCGACCAAGUCCUCAGGGUGUCGGACGUGCCGCCGGUGGAGCUCGGGGAGCGCGACGUCUGCGUCAAGAUGCUGGCCGCGCCCAUCAACCCCUCCGACAUCAACCGCGUCCAGGGCGUCUACCCCGUCAGGCCUCCCCUCCCCGCCGCCGUCGCGGGCUACGAGGGCGUCGCCCAGGUCCACGCCGUCGGCCCCGCCGUCACCCGCCCCAUCUCACCCGGCGACUGGGUCAUCCCUUCCCCGCCCUCCUUCGGGACAUGGCAGACCUACAUUGUGAAGCCGGAAGAUGUGUGGCACAAGGUCCGCGACGACGUGCCUGUGGAAUACGCUGCUACUGUCACGGUCAACCCCUUGACGGCGCUCAGGAUGCUCAAGGACUUUGUGGACCUCAAUCCUGGUGAUGCAAUUGUCCAAAACGGCGCGACCAGCAUCGUCGGUCAGUGCGUUAUUCAGCUCGCUAAAGUACAGGGAAUUCGCACCAUCAAUAUCAUACGGGACAGGUGCACAUUCAGCUUGGAAACAAAAUACAGAAAAUACUACUUGUGUCUUUGUUUUCUAGACGAUCGUAAUAAUUUGCUUAAUAUGGUGUUCUAA